AUGUUAUUGAAAAUAGGCGAAGAAGAGGAAAAAAACACAAAAUACACAAAACAAAAAUUUUCCGAUGUGUGAAAAAAUAUUGUUUAUUUAAGAAAACGUGAUAAAUACUCCGAGAAUUUACGAAAAUAUCGACAUAUUUAAAAAAUUAAUAUAUAAGCUUAAUACAACAUACAGUCAAAAGCGUAAAAAGCAUUAUUUAUAUCAUAAGGCGCACGGCGCAAGGUACACACAAACGCAAUGGCCGCGAAUGAUUCCGGCGUAGAGACAAGUAAUGAUAGCAAUGAUGGAGUCAGCGGUCUCGGUAUUGGAUUAUCAGUGGGUAUUGGAACUGGCAUAAGUAAAAUCAUUGAUAUUACACCUCCACCGGCCAUAAUGCCGCCUACCCCAACGUCCUCGCCUAACACACAUGAGUGGCCCAAUUUCAGUCCGAAUGCAUUCCAACUGAAUCGUGGGGAACAUUUUGCGCUACCACACUUGCCGCCACUGCCCCUCAAUUCGGAUUACUUACUUCAUCCGAGCAACCUGCCGUCAGGAAGCCAUCUUUCCCAAUUUAAAAUGCGUCUUCGUACGCGUAGCAAGCAACGUUUACGUUCGAACUAUAACAAUAUUUUAGCCGAGUCAAAUGGUCGCAAGCUGCGCACCGCUGCUGCCACCUGCAACAUUGAGUUAUUAACGCGCAUAUUAGAGUCAGGUGCGGAUCCGAAUGCGGCUGAUGAGUACAAACGUAGCCCACUACAUUUGGCCUCAUGCCGUGGCUACAUACAAAUCGUCCAACAGCUGCUGAAGUUCGGCGCUAAUCCAAAUGUUGUGGACUCUCUGGGCAAUACACCACUGCAUCUUGCUGUUAUUUCGGCCAGCUCUAAUAAUUUUAACGUAGUUGUACGUGUACUUCUGCAGGGCGGUGCAAGUGUGCAUAUGUUUGAUCGCAGUGGUAAAACUCCUCUGGAAUUAGCCGAAGCAAAACUACGGCUAUUACGCACACGCUAUGACCGUCCCACUCCCGAGUGCGCCAAAAUUUUAGAAGAUAUGUGUAUGCUCACAACGCUCAUUUUGCGCUACAUGGUAAAACAGCAACGUGAACUUGAGGAUUUGUCUGCGCUGGAGCAACGUUUGCAGAAUUUGAGCACCAGCGACGAUCAAGACCAAGUCGUUUCUCAGACAGCGGAUGAAUUGCUUGCCAGUGUCGAACGCUUGUCCAUCAAUAAGUAAAUACGGUUCAACAAGUGAUGAUGGCUCGAUAUAACAAAAAAUCAGUUUUCCUUUUUAUAUCCUCGCUUAAAGUGGCAAGGUAAAAUCCCAUUGUAUAAAUUUGUAAUGCAUUUAUAAUUCAGAAAAUGCAGUAAACAAACGAGUACAAUAUAUUAUUUACCAAGUUGACUAAGCGAAUCGAUUUGAAAACACUCUGUAAUUGUUAAUUUCAAAUGAUUUUAGUUUUUCACUGAAUUUACAAUUAUGCACUAAUAGUAUUGCAUCAUGCUAGGUAUAGAAUACUUCGACGCAGCUGAGGUCAAAGUAUAAAGUGUUGUGUCCGGGGUUCUAAUAAUAUCUACGUUUAUUUGCGAAGCUUUUUAAAUGCUUCGUUUGGCUGUAUAUUUAAAUUUUUUCUUUAAAAAAUAUUUCGAAUUUUUAAAGAUGUUUUGGUUAAAUACACAUUUUUUCACUUUGAAUUAGUUGCUUAAGUUUCAAACGUUUGUUAAAAUGGCAAACGUUACAGAAAAGAGAUACAAAAGGAUACGCAAUAUGAACAUAACAACAAACUUAUACAAAUAACGCAAAACACGUUACAAUGGUAUUUGAAAAUUUUAAGUUUAAAAUUAAGCUAAAUUUACAAAGUAUAUAUAAAAGUAAAACAGAAAUAUAAAAGAAAAAUAUAGGAAACAAAACAAAUUCAAAGUAAAAGUUAUAAAGAGAUCAAUCGGAGAGGCAUCGUAAGUACGGAAUUCACGAAAUAUAUAAGA